AAAAGAGACGGUGGUAUAGUGAGAGCCAACAUUGAAGAUGAGCAAGUGUUCUACGCUGCGAACAUCACAAUUUCCGGCGCUGAGUACAGUGUGCUGCUGGAUACCGGCUCCAGUGAUUUGUGGGUCUACGGUUCUACGAACCCGUACUGUUCAGCCUUCUCAACCUCUGUUCCACGUUCCCAGGCAACUAUUGACUGUCAAUCUUAUGGUGUCUUUGACACUGAAACUCAACAGUGGAGCACAGAUGAUCAACUGUUUUUGAUUCAGUACGGUGAUUUGACCUAUGCCAUUGGCUAUUACGGCACUUCUGUCGUUUCAUUUGGUAAUGCUACGCUGGAUGGAUUUACAUUUGCCGUUGCAAACACCUCGAACUCGAGUGUUCCAGUGUUUGGUAUUGGAUUUGAGGGCAAUGAGGCUUCAACAAGUUCAUUCAUGAAAGGUUACGGUGGUCCAUUCCAAUAUCAAAACUACCCUUCAGCUCUGAAGCAAGCUGGUCUCAUAGAAACAACCUUGUAUUCCAUGUGGAUGAACUCUGAAACCGCAGAAGGUGUUACUCUCUUUGGUGGUAUCGAUCAUUCAAGAUACUCCGGUGACUUGGCUACAAUCCCAUUAUUGAACUACUACAAGAGCCAAGGAGUAGCUCAGCCAAUUACCUUUGACGUUAGCCUUAACAACCUUUCUCUCUCUGAUGGUGAAACUGAUGUUAGUGUGCUCUCUGAUUCUCAGAGUUGUCUUUUGGAUUCAGGUACUUCUUUCACCUACCUCCCACAGAGUGCCGUCAGUAACAUUGCCGACGCUCUUGGUGCAACGUAUUACAGCAGCAUUGGAUAUUAUGUCAUGAACUGUCCAACUUCGAGUAGCGGUGUCAAUUUCACUUUCUCCUUCGACUCCAUUGACAUCCAAAUCCCACUGGAGGAAUUCCUGGUUGCAGUCGAUAGUUCUAACCAAAACUGUGCAAUUGUUACAUCUGGAUCUAGCCGUUGUAUUCUUGGUGACACUUUCCUCAGAAGCGUUUAUGUUGUCUACGAUUUGGAUGGUCUUCAAGUCCAAAUGGCUCCAGUUAAUUUGGAUAACAGUGACGAUGACGUUGAAAUCAUCGGCUCUGCUGGUCCAACU